AUUCACGUACUUCAUCCAACGGUUACCAAACCCUCACUUAGAUAACCCCUGAACAACCAUCCAACUCUAUACAUCAACAACUAAAUUCAUACUUGAACCCACACUUAUCCCACGACAAACCGGAGCACAGUAGCCUCCAUCACCGACAGUCAUGGCAUCCACCGCAGCUGCGGCCGCCGCCACGUCUUCUUUCAUGGGAACCCGUCUCCCGGAACUGCAUUCCAGUUCUGGUCGAGUCACGGCCCGGUUUUCCUUCGGAAAGAAGAAAGCAGCACCUAAGAAAGUGUCCAAACCCGUCACAUCCGACCGGCCGUUAUGGUAUCCAGGUGCAAAAGCGCCGGAGUAUCUCGAUGGAAGCCUGGUUGGAGACUACGGGUUUGACCCAUUUGGUCUAGGUAAACCCGCUGAGUAUCUUCAGUUUGAUUUGGACUCAUUGGAUCAAAACUUGGCUAAGAACUUGGCUGGGGACGUGAUCGGAACCAGGUUCGAGAAUGAGGACGUGAAGUCGACUCCUUUCCAACCAUACACCGAGGUGUUUGGGCUUCAGAGGUUCAGGGAGUGCGAACUGAUACACGGGAGAUGGGCUAUGUUGGCUACCCUUGGUGCGCUUGUUGUUGAAUCGGUGACUGGUGUUACAUGGCAAGACGCUGGAAAGGUGGAACUAAUCGAUGGUUCAUCUUAUUUUGGACAACCGUUACCCUUCUCUAUCACUACUUUGAUUUGGAUCGAGGUUUUGGUUAUCGGAUACAUUGAGUUUCAAAGGAACGCUGAACUGGAACCUGAGAAAAGACUCUACCCAGGUGGUCCAUUCGAUCCAUUGAACUUGGCAGCUGACCCUGAAAAGAAAGCUGUUCUUCAAUUGGCGGAGAUCAAGCAUGCUCGUCUUGCUAUGGUGGCGUUUCUUGGGUUUGCUGUCCAGGCUGCAGCCACCGGAAAGGGCCCGCUCAACAACUGGGUAACCCAUUUGAGUGACCCGCUUCACACUACCAUUCUUGAUACCUUUGGGUUCUUUUCCUAGAUAUAUUUUGUUUUAAUUACUAUCUCUACAUAUGAUACUUAUGCAUCCUCGUCUUUACUAUGACCUUGUAAAGUUUGUAACAUUUGGCUGUUUGAGUAUUAUCACCUAUUCUUGUGCAAA